UUUAUAUAUGAAAAUGAUGUGAAUGUGUGAAUGCAGUGCCGUUUGUUGGCCCCAAUUGGUGACCAUAUGGAGCAUUGCUAUAGUGUUGGUAAUAAUGGUUAGUGAGUCUGAGUGUCGGGACUUACAUAAGCGUACAUUUGCGGGGUUGGGAUGUCUUGGAAUCUACGAUAAGGCAAAGUUUGCUCGUUUGGAUCGGGUUUGCGAAGAAUGCUAUCAAUUAUACAGAGAACCAGAUCUUCACACCAGUUGCAGACAAGACUGCUUUCGAAACGAAGUGUUUGGUCGAUGUGUCGAUGCAUUGCUUUUAUCACACGAACAGAAAAAACUCGAAGAAAUGGUUGAAGACUUAUACGGAAAGAAAUAAAUUCAUUGCCAACUCAUUCAACUAUAUAUUAUUUAUUCAUUAAAAUACAGUAUAUUUAUCGUAUUAUUAAAUUAUAUAUGACUUAAAACAUCUUUAAAAGUAAUUUAUAUUUUAUAAUAAAAUAAAACUGUUAUUUUGAGCAAACAAUCCAAUUCGUAUUAAAACACUAAAUUCACAAAAAAAACAUCAAAUUAUAUUGAAUCUAUUUAAUUUUCAAUUUGCAUGUUUUCAAGAAUGUUAAAAUUGAG